AUGGAGGGCGCAUCCUGCAGCUACACCGAGCCCUGUCGAGGGCUGCACACCACUGCAGCGGCAUCCUACCAGCUAGCUCAGAUCUCGUCCAUCCCCUCCUCCCCUGUCGACCCCAGGCUGCUGGCCAUCAUUGCUGGGGUUGCAGUGGUUGUGCUGGCUGUCAAGAAGUUAUUUGACACGCCCUCACGCACAUACGAUCCUAAUAAUCCCAAUGUUGGCGACGAAUAUGACAGCUGGACAGAGGAGGGCAUUUUGGAGCAUUACUGGGGGGAGCACAUUCAUCUGGGGUACUACACUGAAGAGGAGAGGGCACGCGGCUACAAGAAGAAGGACUUUAAGCAGGCUAAGUUUGACUUCGUGGACGAGAUGCUGAGGUGGAGCGGAGCAGAGCAGCCCAAGCGCAUCCUGGAUGUGGGGUGUGGCAUUGGGGGGACCUCUCGCCACCUGGCCGCGAAAUUCCCAGGCGCCCAAGUGCAGGGCAUUACACUUUCUUCAAAGCAGGUGGCCAGGGGAACAGAGCUAGCAAAGGAAAGGGGUCUAACGAAUGUGAACUUUCAGGUAAUGAAUGCGUUGGCAAUGGAGUUUGAGGACGACACAUUCGACCUGGUGUGGGCGUGCGAGUCUGGGGAGCACAUGCCAGACAAGAAGGCAUAUGUGGAGGAGAUGGCACGCGUCCUGAAGCCAGGGGGUCACAUGGUGAUAGCGACAUGGUGUCAGAGAGAGGAGACACCGGCCACGCCUUUCUCAGACAAGGAGCGGGCUGACCUGCAGUUCCUGUAUGACGAGUGGGCGCACCCCUACUUUGUCUCAGUGCAGGAGUAUGGCCGCCUGCUGGAGGGCACUGGGAAGAUGGAGUCGGUGGAUAUAGAUGACUGGACGCCUCAGACGCUGCCCACGUGGCGGCACUCCAACUGGGUCGGCGUCUGGGACCCCUGGCCAGUCAUCUUCAAGUUCAAUCCCUUUGUGUGGUACAAGGUGCUGAGGGAGAUAGUGACGUUGGAGCGCAUGCACCGCGCAUUUGACAGCGGCCUAAUGGAGUACGGCAUGGCCAAGGCUGUCAAGAAGGCGUCCCCUGCACCUGCUGCUCAGCGAGUUGGGGCGGCCGUUGCAGCCCCCUGA